AUGGAUGGACACUCGAGUUCCGGACCCGUCACGGUGCUGCUGCUCGCCGCCCUCACGAGCUCCGUGCUGGGCCAAGGUCCACUGUACUUCUCGGUCGGCGACUCCCUGGUCCUGACUCCCCCGAAGCACGGAUCUGUCAUCACCAGCGCCGUGUGGACCCACAACACGAACCUGGUGGUGGAGUGGGUGAAUAAUGAGCUGGAGUUCUACAGGUUGUUCAAAGGACGGACCGAACUGGACCAGAGCACCGCAAAGCUGACCGUCAACAAGGCCACGCAAAGCGACGCGGGAGAAUACAAGGUGGAGAUCAACAACGUGAUCCAGCCACAAGUCUACAAGGCUACUGGGAUCAAGAAGGUGCCCAAGCCCGAGGUGGUGGUGAGGACCCCAUCAUGUGGUCCCACAUCCGGGAACUGUAACUUCACCUGUCAGGGAGACACCGCCGGGACUCAGCCCCUCACCUACAGCUGGAGGAUGGACUCAGGUGAGUGGGAGCAGGGGCCGCAAACCCUAAACCUCCUCGCUGAUGAGAAGACGAAGCUUGUCAAACAGAUCUCGUGCAGUAUGAAGAACCCAGUCAGUAAAGUGGAGAGCGACCCUCUUGAUAACCCAAUGCACAACCCGGGCCCAGAACCUAACAAUCAAGGCAAGGUGGCUGCAAUUCUAGUGCCCAUCGUGUUUGUAGUCUUGGUUGGACUUGGACUUGGAUUUUGGCAGCUAGAAGCCAUCAAGAAGUUCUAUGCAGGUUCAGAUACUUCUGGGGAGGUCGGGAAGUCCAUCUGUUAA